AUGCCGCCGAACAAAGCUGCCGCCGGGCGCAAAAGGGACGUGAUUCAUUUCGUGAAUGCGAGACCCUCCUCCGAGACUGAACGAGUCCGCAUCCGCCACCUCGUUCGCGCCCACGUAGGGCAAUGGAUCUCCGACCAGACCAAGGAUCGAUCGGAUCCCGCCGAUACCCAGUUCAAUGGACCCCAUGAGAAGGCCGUUGAUCUCGAUGCGGAGGAAUCCUUAUUUCCCUCUUCUUCGCCAUCCAGACGCUCUUCGUCCCACUCGUCCGAAUCCAAUGCCCCCGUCAGCAACUCGCUCGUCCGAUCCGCCGAACGGAAGAAUGGGCGACAAACCACCCCGAUAGCGCGUGCCUGUCCCGUACACAACGACGUCGUUGUUGGCCAAUUCGAUCGCAAUUAUGACCAGAACCAAAUGGUCCGCGGAUCCAUGUCCUUAUCCAACAGCCCCAGCCCGCCCCCGCCGGGCGAUUACGUGGAGACCCUCGGUGCCAACGUGUUGGAUCCGUUCCACACUUCUCCCUCUAAAUACGCGCCCGAUCUGGUCAAUGCAUGUCUGAAUGUUUUGUGGCCUGGGCUCACGCCUGGCCAUGGCAGCGAUGACUCCAGCGUACUGGCGAGUUCGAACUGGUUUCCCCUCUCGCUAAAUGAUCCGACGUUAUUCACGGCUUUUCUUUUCGGCUCUCUCUCGCACCAGAGAGUGCAGUGGAUCAAUGGCUGGAUUCCAGAGGGCGCCUUCCGACCUCGAGAUCAGCAGCUGCUUCAACUCUGUGAAUUCGAGACCAUCAAAAUGAUCAACCACCAAGUUAGCAUUCCGGGUCGGGCCGUGUGCGAUGCCGUCAUCCUCAGCGUUAUCUGCAUGGCACAUAACGUGGCAGACGAAGAUGACAAGCGUCGACAGCGGCGGACUCCAUUCCACGCGCCGAUGCGCCGAUUGCAGUGGUUAGAUGUCUACGGAAGCCUGCCGCCGAAUAUUAUUCACGUGGCGGGAUUGGUUCAAAUGGUCAAGCUACGUGGCGGCCUGGAGCAAAUCACUCUCCCUGGAUUGGCCCCGGUACUAUCCUUUUCUGACAUUGUGACUGCUACCACCUAUCUUGUCCCGCCGACCUUCUCGUACAUCCCCCUCUGUGACGACAGAAGGAAUGUGCCUUUGCAGACUUUACUCGGCUACGACGCAAUGGACGUUGAGCGGCACUAUGGUCAUUUACGGCAGCUUGGCCUCACGGAAGAAUUACUGAACCUAUUCUACGCCAUGCGGUUGUACAUGAACAACGUUGAUGCAAUCCUGCGAAAGACGAUGAAGUGCGACGAUGCUUUGAUCGCCGACCAACGUAACUUGAUCCAAUAUACCCUCCAGGCUCUCCCUCCGGCCAGCCAGAUCGAAGGAUACCCGUCAUACCCCGAUCAAGGAAUUGUCUACGAAGCGACUCGCCUUGCUGCCAUCGUUUACAGCGUAGGCGUCGUUUUCCCUCUCCCAGCGCAGAGCUCGCCACUGGCCCAAUUGUCCCUGUUCCUGAGGGGAACCGUAGGCACUUGGAGGUCGAGUUCCACCUGGGCUAAUCCCCAAGCUCUCGCGUUGAUCUUAUGGGUCUUGACCCUGGGUGGGAUUGCCUCGGAUAAUCGGCCGGAAAGAGAAUGGUUUGUGCAAGUCCUCGGGCAAACCUUGCGAGAUCACCACAUCUCCACUUGGGCCGAGCUCCGCACUAUGCUCAAGAUGGUUCUGUGGUACGACUCGGCUUGUGACGAAGCCGGUCGGAACCUUUUGUUCGAGAUUGAGAUGGCAUUCAUGUCUUUCUGA